AUGAGUGGCGCUCCUUCUGGUAGUUCCACGACAAUGGAGACCUUUGAAGUCUCUUCUCGAGACAGCGUGGCUGACCACCACGAAAUGAAUUUGCCGCCGGUGGAUCGCGGUAGAAGAGCGUGGCUGUUCUUGGCGGCCUGUUUUAUUAUCGAGGCUUUGAUUUGGGGUUUCACUUUCUCGUUUGGUAUUUUCCAGGAUUAUUACAGUACUCAUGAGCCGUUUAAGAGUUCUGGUGAUACUGCUGUGGUUGGAACGUGCGCGAUGGGUAUCUCGUAUAUGCUACUUCCAGUGGCUUUCGUUCUACUGCAAGCCAUUCCUCGUCUCAAGCUAUGGGCCGCGCCAAUCGGUUUUGUGAUUAUGUGCCUGGCGCUUUCACUGAGCUCCUUUGCGACCAGCACCACUCACUUGAUCAUCUCGCAGGGUGUCGCUUAUGGCAUUGGAGCUAGUCUGGCGUAUGCUCCCACGAUUGUGUUCAUGGAUGAUUGGUUCGUCCAGAGAAAGGGCCUCGCUUUCGGCAUCAUGUGGGCUGGUACUGGACUUUCUGGCGUCAUUCUCCCCAUUGUCCUUCAGUGGAUGCUCAAUUCGUUCGGACCACAAACAACACUACGUGCCUGGUCGGUUGUGUUGAUCCUCCUGGGCAGCCCACUGCUGUACUUCCUUCGCCCUCGUCUCCCUAUUUCACGGAAUUCACGAACCCGACCUUUCGAUUUCAAGUUCCUCUGGGACUCUACGUUCCUUAUCUACGAAACUGGCAACAUCCUGGAGGCGAUGGGCUAUUUCCUCCCAACCAUUUACCUGCCUUCUUACGCCCGUAGUCUGGGCGCCAGCAACAUCGAGUCCUCGCUGACAGUAAUGCUCUUUAACCUCGCCUCUGUGUUCGGAUGCGUCAUCAUGGGCUCAAUGGUCGACCGUUAUCACGCUACUACCUGCAUUCUCGGUUCGACGGUCGGCAGUACCCUCGCCGUUUUCUUGAUCUGGGGCUUUGCUGAUACCCUAGCGCCCUUGUAUAUCUUCUGCAUCUUUUACGGUCUAUUUGCCGGAUCUUUCACGUCCACCUGGCCCGCCAUUGUCAAUGAAGUCAAGAAGAAAAGCACAUAUACUGAUUCCAGCAUUGUCUUUGGUUUCUUGUCUACCGGUCGAGGUAUUGGUAAUAUUGUCAGUGGUCCGCUGAGUGAAGCUCUGCUCAAGCGGUCUGCUUGGAAAGGUGCUGCGGCCAAGGCAUAUGGUUCUGGUUUUGGACCUCUGAUUGUCUUCACUGGAGUCUCUGCGCUUUUGGGAGGUCUUGGUAUUGCUGCGAGGUCUUCCAAGCGAUUCCGGUCGGAUUAA